UGUGGGUUCCCAUAAAUAAUUACUAGCUAGCACCCUUUGUUACUAGGAAACAGCAGCUCAGUUUACUUGGCAAUUCCUAACUAAGCCAACAGGAAAGUCUUUACUAUUCCACUGGACAUCUAUUAACCUAAAGGUGCUUCAUCUUAGGUUGAGAACUAGACUUCUUUAUACAGGAAAGAUGAAAAGGAUACUUCUGUUUUAUUCACAAAAAGGAUGUUUUUCAUAUUUUAUUUGUCCAUUAUACUAGCAAUGAAUCUACAUAAACCUCAAGUCUUUAAGAAGUUGAAAGUCUUUAAAGGAUAGACUUGAAGAAUUCUUACGCAGUUCAUAGUACCUAGAGAAAUCCCAGGCACAGCAAGGACAUAAAACCAUGAGUAGGACUGAGAGCAGAAAUCAAGUCUAACCUCCUGCAGCACCAAUGUGUCCUGGCCAUCUCCCCACAGGACUUAUAUAUGACCUCGCAUUUAAGCCUGAUGGAACCCAACUGAUUUUGGCUGCAGGAAACAGAUUACUGGUUUAUGACACUUCUGAUGGCACCUUACUUCAGCCCUUAAAGGGACACAAAGAUACUGUUUACUGUGUGGCAUACGCGAAGGAUGGCAAGCGCUUUGCUUCUGGAUCAGCUGACAAAAGCGUUAUUAUCUGGACGUCAAAAUUGGAAGGCAUUCUGAAGUACACGCACAAUGAUUCUAUCCAGUGUGUCUCCUACAACCCUGUUACCCAUCAGCUGGCAUCUUGUUCCUCCAAUGACUUUGGCUUGUGGUCUCCUGAACAGAAGUCUGUCUCCAAGCACAAAUCCAGCAGCAAGAUUACCUGCUGCAGCUGGACAAAUGAUGGACAGUACCUGGCUCUGGGGAUGUUCAAUGGGAUCAUCAGCAUACGGAACAAAAAUGGCGAGGAGAAAGUGAAGAUUGAGCGGCCAGGGGGCUCCCUCUCCCCCAUAUGGUCCAUCUGCUGGAACCCUUCCAGCCGAUGGGAGAGUUUCUGGAUGAACAGAGAGAACGAGGAUGCUGAGGAAGUCAUUGUCAACAGAUAUUUUCAGGAAAUCCCUUCUUCUCUGAAGUCAGCAGUGUACAGUAGUCAGGGUAGUGAGGCAGAGGAGGAAGAGCCAGAGGAAGAAGACGACAGUUCCAGGGACGACAACUCAGAGGAACAUAAUGAUAUCCUGGCUGUAGCUGACUGGGGACAGAAACUUUCUUUCUACCAACUGAGUGGAAAACAGAUUGGAAGGGAUCGGUCACUGAACUUUGACCCCUGCUGCAUCAGCUACUUUACUAAAGGGGAGUACAUUUUGUUGGGGGGAUCAGACAAGCAAGUGUCCCUUUUCACCAAGGAUGGAGUGCGGCUUGGAACUGUUGGGGAGCAGAACUCCUGGGUGUGGACGUGUAAAGUAAAACCUGAUUCCAACUAUGUGGUGGUAGGCUGCCAGGAUGGCACCAUUUCCUUCUACCAGCUUAUUUUCAGCACAGUCCAUGGGCUCUACAAGGACCGGUAUGCCUACAGGGAUAGCAUGACUGAUGUCAUCGUGCAACACCUGAUCACCGAGCAGAAAGUUCGGAUUAAAUGCAAAGAGCUUGUCAAGAAAAUUGCCAUCUACAAAAAUCGAUUAGCUAUCCAACUGCCAGAGAAAAUCCUCAUCUAUGAGUUGUAUUCAGAUGACUCGUCAGACAUGCAUUACAGGGUGAAGGAGAAGAUUGUCAAGAAGUUCGAAUGCAACCUCUUGGUGGUGUGUGCUGACCACAUCAUCCUCUGCCAGGAGAAACGGCUGCAGUGCCUGUCCUUCAGUGGAGUGAAGGAGCGGGAGUGGCAGAUGGAGUCGCUCAUUCGCUACAUCAAGGUGAUUGGUGGCCCUCCAGGAAGGGAAGGUCUGUUAGUGGGCCUGAAGAAUGGACAGAUCCUGAAGAUUUUUGUGGACAAUCUCUUUGCAAUCGUCCUGCUGAAGCAGGCCACAGCUGUGCGCUGCUUGGACAUGAGUGCCUCCCGCAACAAACUGGCUGUGGUGGAUGAAAACGACACAUGCCUGGUGUAUGACAUCCACACCAAGGAAUUGCUUUUUCAGGAACCGAAUGCCAACAGCGUGGCCUGGAACACCCAGUGUGAGGACAUGCUCUGUUUCUCAGGAGGAGGCUACCUCAACAUCAAAGCCAGCACCUUCCCCGUGCACCAGCAGAAGCUGCAGGGCUUCGUGGUCGGCUACAACGGCUCCAAGAUCUUCUGCCUCCAUGUCUUCUCCAUGUCGGCCGUGGAGGUGCCGCAGUCUGCUCCGAUGUACCAGUACUUGGAUAGGAAAAUGUUUAAAGAAGCCUACCAAAUUGCUUGCUUGGGUGUGACAGACACUGAUUGGCGUGAGCUGGCCAUGGAGGCUUUAGAAGGAUUAGAAUUCGAAACAGCAAAGAAGGCCUUCACCAGAGUACAAGACCUCCGAUAUUUGGAGCUCAUCAACAGCAUUGAGGAGAGGAAGAAGCGGGGAGAGACCAACAAUGACCUGUUUCUGGCAGAUGUGUUUUCCUAUCAGGGGAAGUUCCAUGAGGCAGCCAAACUGUACAAGAGGAGCGGGCACGAGAACCUCGCACUCGACAUGUACACUGACCUCCGCAUGUUUGAGUAUGCCAAGGAUUUCCUUGGAUCUGGAGACCCCAAAGAAACAAAGAUGCUAAUCACCAAACAGGCCGACUGGGCUAGAAACAUCAACGAGCCCAAAGCCGCUGUGGAGAUGUAUAUCUCAGCGGGAGAGCAUGUCAAGGCCAUAGAGAUCAGUGGCGACCAUGGCUGGGUUGACAUGUUGAUCGACAUUGCCCGUAAGCUGGACAAGGCCGAGCGGGAGCCCCUGCUGAUGUGUGCUCACUACUUCAAGAAGCUGGAUAACCCUGGCUAUGCUGCUGAGACCUACCUGAAGAUUGGUGACCUGAAGUCCUUGGUUCAGCUGCAUGUGGAGACCCAGCGCUGGGAUGAGGCCUUUGCUUUGGGUGAGAAGCAUCCUGAAUUUAAGGAUGACAUCUACGUGCCCUAUGCGCAGUGGCUAGCAGAGAAUGACCGUUUUGAGGAAGCCCAGAAAGCAUUCCACAAGGCCGGGCGGCAGGAGGAGGCGGUCAGGGUGCUGGAGCAGCUCACACACAAUGCCGUGGUAGAGAGCAGAUUUAAUGACGCUGCCUAUUAUUACUGGAUGCUGUCCAUGCAGUGCCUCAAUAUAGCUCAAGAUCCUGCCCAGAAGGAUGUGAUGCUCAGCAAGUUCCACCACUUCCAGCACUUGGCUGAGCUGUACCACGGCUACCACGCCAUUCACCGGUACACGGAGGAGCCUUUCAGUUUCCACCUUCCCGAAACCCUCUUCAACAUCUCCAGGUUCCUGCUGCACAGCCUGACCAAGGACACCCCCUUGGGCAUCUCUAAAGUGAAGACACUCUUCACUCUAGCCAAGCAAAGCAAGGCGCUAGGCGCCUACAAGCUAGCCCGGCAUGCCUACAACAAGCUGCAGGGCCUGCGGAUCCCCACCAGGUUCCAGAAGUCCAUCGAGCUAGGCAGCCUGACCAUCCGUUCCAAGCCCUUCCAUGACAGCGAGGUGGCUGUGAGGAUAAAUGAGCCAGUGCAAGUAAUGAGCUUAAGCACAUUGGAGCUAGUGCCCUUGUGCUACCGCUGUUCCACCAACAACCCAUUGCUAAACAACCUGGGCAACGUUUGCAUCAAUUGCCGCCAGCCCUUCGUCUUCUCUGCCUCUUCCUACGAGGUGCUGCACCUGGUGGAGUUCUACCUGGAGGAGGGGAUCACUGACGAAGAAGCCGUCUCCCUCAUCGACCUGGAGGCACCAAGACACAAGUGUGAGAACAAAUGGCAGGAGAUCACGAGCAACAAUUCCCAGACCCUGAGGCUGGAUGAGACCAUGGACUCCAUGGGAGAUGACGACCCGUUCACAGCAAAACUGAGCUUUGAGCAAGGUGGCUCAGAGUUUGUUCCCGUGGUGGUGAGCCGGUCAGUGCUGCGUGCCAUGAGCCGUCGGGACGUCCUCAUCAAACGCUGGCCCCCACCCCUGCAGUGGCAGUACUUCCGCUCACUCCUCCCUGAUGCCUCCAUCACCAUGUGCCCCUCCUGCUUCCAGAUGUUCCACUCAGAGGACUACGAGCUGCUGGUGCUUCAGCACACCUGCUGCCCCUACUGCCGGAGGCGCAUCGAUGACCCCAGCCCGUGACCAGGACCUUGGGACCCCCUGCUCGCCUGGGCAUGCCUGGCAGUUGGCUGGGCCACUGAAAGGAGUUACACUGUCAGAAUGUUUCUUCUGCCCAGAUGAAGUUUGUCUUUUAGGGAGGGGCCUUGUGUAACCACAGAAUUCUUAUUUAUGGCAUUUUGUGCCUUGUAAAUAGCACCAGGAGAUGGAGAAGAGAAUGUACAUAUAUUUUCUAAGAAAAAAAAAUCUGUUAUUUUCAGAACGGCUCUGAGUUGUUCAUGGCAGCCUGCUGGAGUCCACAGAUCUGUCAGACCAUUAACAUGUACACUUUGCGAACAGAUUGCCUCAAUAAUUACAAAUAAAAGGGCUACUUAUUUUCA